CUCGGCCUUGGCUCCGCCCUCGCCGGGCUCACGGAGGCUCGGCUGUGGCUGUGGCGGCUACUGCGGGCCUCAUGGCGGCCGGGCCGGCGACCUCAGGUUUCGCCGUGUCGGCAGCCGCCUACCCCGACAACCCCGUGGAGUUCCCCGCUCGCCUUCGGGCCGGCGCCAUGCGGAGCCGCUUCUGGGGCGUGCUCAACUGUCUGUGCGCCGGCGCGUUCGGGGCCCUGGCGGCCGCUGCCGCCAAGCUGGCCUUCGGCGGGCAGGUGAAUAUUGGCUUGUGUGUCUUAGGCAUUAUUGCCAUGGCAAGCACCAAUUCUCUGAUGUGGACCUUCUUCAGCCGGGGCCUCAGUUUCUCUAUGUCUUCAGCCAUUGCAUCUGUCACAGUGACGUGUUCAAACAUACUCAGCUCGGUGACAAAAACUUGGUCUGCCAGCGGGGACCCGGCCUCAGCGCUCACACAACGGUUUCUCUCAGCUUCUGUUCUGUCCUUCACACUGGACUCCCCAGUGGCUGGACUCUAAUAUAGAAAGGUUUGCAAGUCCACGACGUCCAGUUUCGGUUUGUGCUUCUGUGUCUGCUCACUUGCCGCACUCCUGGCAACAACCUCUGCCAAACCCAGUUCCAGACUCCUUUAAACCCUCCCGGGAGCCAAGGCAAAGCUGUUGGUUACUUAGCUCACUUUGACAUAGUAAAACCACCUGACCACUCCAUGAGGAACACAGGAGCCCGUGGAGAGACUCGUCCAACAUCACACAGCUAAUGAGGACUAGAAAGACUGUCAGCCCCGUCUUUCUCUAAGUCUAAGGAGGCUUAAUCCUCAGCACAAUCUUGUCUCCUCAGUAAAUCAAGAGCAGAGAGACCGGUGGCAAACUGUACCGAGUCUCAGAACCUUGUCACUAACCACUUCCUUGUUUAUGAGGGUUUCAUGACGGUCAUUCUACCAGUGAGAAAGCCAUUCAAGGUCCCCUUAGGUGUGUUCCUGUUGGGGGGCCGUGGACCCCCAGACCCUGAAUUUCUUGUAAACAACUUGUUUUCCUGUGUUUGCAGCUGCUCUGAGCACGAGGCCCUCAGGAGUUCCUGAUGGCAGGGGAGUGGUUUCUGAUGGGUUUGGC